AAACAUCAGAAAGUCGCUCGCGCUCCUUCAGAAUCAACUUUUGGGACUUGCAUUGCCGUCAGUCUAAAGGAAUACGCUUAUUUUAGCUAAAUACCACUUAGCAAAACACAUUUACCACCUGUUUUUUAUUCAUUAUCAAAAUUAUCAAGAACAACGGAUUUGUUCGUUAGGCGGCUGCUUUUCUCGACCACUUUGGACGUACAAAAGUGGUCACUUUGCCGGGGAAGGACCUCCGGGUAAUAUAUGGCUUGAUCAUGUCAGUUGGUUUUCCGUGUUUCCAUUCAGCGAGGAUAGGUGUUUGUUUUAGUCAAUAGACGUUUUUUUCAAUGUAGUUAUUUGAGCAAAACACAAACGUAAGUUCUCUGGAGCUUUAAUGAAUACAUCAGGUGGUUACUAACCGUGCUGAAGUGGUAAAGGAUGGCUCGCGUGGUGCGCACCCUGAGCCGGUGUCUGCUGCCCGCUGAGGCCGCCCACGAUGACAGGAAUAACGGCAAAGAACGAGCCCGCGAACGCGACGUCAACCAGGAGCGUGAGGCGAAGCGGCGCAGUCGUGAGAUCGACGCCAUGCUCGCGCGCGAGAGACGCGCGGUGCGGCGUCUGGUGAAGAUCCUGCUGCUGGGUGCCGGGGAGAGCGGCAAAUCCACAUUUCUCAAACAGAUGAGGAUCAUUCACGGAAAAGAGUUUGACCAGAAAGCGCGGCUGGACUUCAGGGACACGAUCUUUGAGAAUAUCAUCAAGGGGAUGCGGGUGCUCGUGGAUGCCAGAGAUAAGCUUGGCGUUUGCUGGCAGAACUCGGAGAAUGAGAAGCAUGGCAUGUUUGUCAUGUCCUUCGAAAACAAAGCGGGCAUGCCUGUUGAACCCUGCACCUUUCAGCUGUACGUACCUGCCCUGCAGGCCCUGUGGAACGAUAGCGGCAUCCAGGAAGCUUAUGGAAGACGGAGCGAGUUUCAGCUGAGCGAAUCAGUCAAGUAUUUCCUGGACGACCUGGAUCGGAUUGGCCAACUGAACUAUGUACCAAGCCGCCAGGACAUCCUCCUGGCCAGAAAGGCCACCAAGGGAAUUGUGGAGCAUGAUUUUGUCAUCAAAAAGAUCCCUUUCAAGAUGGUGGAUGUGGGUGGUCAGCGCUCUCAGAGACAGAAAUGGUUUCAGUGCUUCGACGGCAUCACCUCCAUCCUCUUCAUGGUGUCCUCCAGCGAAUACGACCAAGUGCUAAUGGAAGACCGCCGCACCAACCGCCUGGUGGAGUCCAUGAACAUCUUUGAGACCAUAGUCAACAACAAGCUCUUUUCCAACGUCUCCAUAAUCCUCUUUCUCAACAAGAUGGACCUUCUGGUGGAGAAGGUACGCAAGGUCAGCAUUUGCAAGCACUUUUCUGAUUUCAGGGGAGACCCUCACCGGCUGGAGGACGUUCAGGCCUAUCUGGUGCAAUGCUUUAACCGCAAACGCCGCAACCGCGGCAAGCCGCUGUUCCAUCAUUUUACCACUGCCAUUGACACUGAGAACAUUCGCUUCGUCUUUCACGCUGUCAAGGACACGAUUCUUCAGGAGAACCUUAAAGACAUUAUGUUGCAGUGAGAACCAACAUCCUGUUUAUCAUUGUUUAUAUCAUUUUUCAACCUAUUUGCAGCGAGAAAUACCUUCUCCACUUUAUUUUAACUCCCCGACAGAUGUGCAGAAGCAACAUCUUGUGUUGUACACAUUGUUUUCUAUCAUCGUGUGAGAAGGAGUUCAGUUAUAUCAAGGACAUGCCAUUAAGUUCUAAAAAAAUGACAAAUUGCUGAUAUUUUCAUGUCUUCUGGGAUUUGAGCUUAUGAAUGCAAAUGACACGAGAGUUUGAUAAUGAAUUGUGUUAGAGUAUUCUCAUCUUUUUUCUCAAGGAUAAACUCAAACAAUGCACAGUAACGUUACACUGGCUCAUCUCCAAAAUAACAAAACAUCCUAAAAAUAAAUAGCAAUUCUGCACUGAGCAUCCGGUCUAGUUUAGAUUCACGUUCCUUGUGUUUACACGUUAUCUUUGAUAUAGUCAAACAUUUCAAUUACACUUUAUGUAGACUUCUGAGUUUAUAGAUGACAUGCAGAAUUCUCAUUAACAACAAGCAGGGUUUUUGUACAUAGUGAAAAUGGCUUUUGUACAUUGUAUCUGUCUUCUGGUUUUGAGUUAAGCUACAAGCUUUGAUAUUUAGAGUAUAGGGUCAAAUCACUGGUUAUGCCUAACACCACUAACUUCAGAUGAAUAAAGCAUUAAUGGGAUUCAUUAAAUGACAUUAUUGCACAACAUCUGCGCUUUGUUUUUAGUAGUAGAUUCUGACAAACUGUAACAAGACUUUUGAAAUGUACACUUUGAUAUAUAAAACUGUGUUUAUGGGGGAGACAACCUGGAUCUGGUGAGUUAUAUUAGCAGUGCAUAUAAAGAUCUUAAUUUCUUUUUGAUUUCGGCUGGGCAUGGAGUUAUUUUAAUCAAAUCUUUAUGAAUGUAAAUGAUAGUUUGAUGGAACAAAUGGUCUUUUUUCAGAUAGUCACAGAUGGUUUAAAUUUCAGCGCAGGUGUGAACCUUUUCAGAAUCUUGUAUGUGUCAUUCUUUUAGGGAAAGCUUGAGCUACAGUCCUUAGAUGUUUGUGUUACAUUUUCACAUGCAUUCUUGAAUUAAUAUCUCUUGGUUUACUGAAAUGAACACUGUCAGCUCUAGGGCUGUGUAUUGGCAAGUGCCUCCCGAUACGAUACAUAUCGCGAUAGAUUGGUCACGAUACCAUAUAUUGCUAUGUAUUUCCAUACGAUUCACAUUUGCGAUAUAUUGCAAUACUUUAAAUGUUGGCCGGAAAGGUUUUGAUUUGAGAUAUCUGACACACCCUAAACUAUUGUAGUGAAAAGUCUUCCCAGUGAGAGCAGCUCGCUCACAUUUACUGGAAGAUAUCUGGCUCUCAUGUAGAUAAAGAAGCAGAUGGUUCCUUAUUUCAAGCUUGUAUUUAUGUUUGUCUCCUCCUUUGAAAUCCCUGGGAGAAUUCAGAAGAAAUCAUAAAAACAGUCCCAGUGCACAAACAUAUAGGCUGUAAAACCAUAUCAAUCUGCUGAAACUGUUGCAUUUGCUGAGCAAGAAGCAACAUGUGAUGAGAGCAAUCACAUUCAUCCAAAUCUGUGUUUUUGUCCUCUAACCAUGCAGACACAACCGUGACAAGCAUCAGACCUGUUUUUUCGACAACUUGGUUCUUUAUCUUGCUGUGUCGCACCAUGUAGCCCUGCCUACUGUGGCAUCUUAUUGGUCCAAUACUCCUCAUAACUUCUCUUACAUAUUUUAUAGUUGGUGAUUAUGUCACAGCAGUUUCACACUAUAAAUUGGCGUAGAAUCCAUUAUACCUGUUUUGUUUAGGAUGCAUUGUUUGGAUCUCUAACGGUCACUGUUAUAUAAGAUGUCUACUUUAACAUCUUACAGUAUUUUACUGUACGUUUUUCUGUUUUCAUAUUUUGUUUCCCUGUUGUUUUACAUAAUCAUUGAUUGUAAAAAGUGUGAAAUUCCAGAUUAACGGCAUUAUGUGUGUUUUGUAUAUAAGAAUUGUAUAAAUACAAUAAAA